GUUCAUAUACAGCACAAGCAUUUGAAGUGUGAUUGAUGAUGAUGAUGAUGAAGGUGUCUCUGUGUUUCAGGUUCUUGUGUCCUCGUCCAUCUAAAAGUAAUUCUUCAGACUGCAGCUCCGCCUCAAGCUUUAUGGCCAACAAGGAGAACAUCCUAGUAUCUCAGCGUCCUCCUCCUGAACUGGACUAUUACGGUGACUCUCCAGACCUCCAUCCAGCCUUUGAGGGGGGUCAGCUGGACCCCAGGACUCAGCUGAGGGGGGACAGAGGACCUUCAUCGUCCAAGAGGAAAAGCUUGGAGCUGGAGGAGGAUGAGGAGGUGUCCAAACGAAUCUGUCGCUCCCGGCCCUCCUCCUCUUCCUCCUCCUCUUCCUCCUCCUCCGGGCCAGGGUUGGGGGGGUCGGACCUGCAGGCGGUCUCUGAGUGGGAGAUGGAGCUGCAGAGCAGACAGCAGCAGGAGGAGGAGGACCGCAGACUGGCUCUGCUCCUGCAGAAAGAGCUGGACCAGGAGGAGAAGCAGAGAGCCACCAACAGACGUAAAGGAUCCUCUGAUGCCUAUUUGCUCCGCCAGAACCGCCACCCCCCAAGAAAGAGCUCCUCCAGCCCCUCCUCUGCCUCGUCUGCAAAGACUGCAUCAUCAUCCUCCUCCAGAGGAAGCAAACAGACCACUCUGACCCACGUCUUCUCCAGCCUCAGCAGCUGAACCUGCUGCCCCUUUCUCCUUCUGCUUCAGUCCCAGUGUCUCUCUACCAACAGAGUCUGAGUGGCUUGACCACCCAUCUGUCUGUCUGUCUGUCUCUCUCUCUCUCUCUCUCUCUCUCUUCGCUGUAUUCACUGUGGAGACACUACGUGGCCAGAAAUAAGUGGACAGCUGAACAUUGCCCCCUCCUCCCUCCGUAAGGGAACCUGGACUCAUCAGUCCUCCUAUGUUCCUGGUCUCCGACAGUGAAACCACAUCAGACCGUCAGUGAGGUCCAACAGUGCUGCCGGAGAUCAGGUCUUAACAGAUCUGAACACGAACUGGGCUGUCCACAGACAUUUGGCCAGAUGUUGAGAAACUGAACCAAAUUUCAUUCAUUUUUCAUUGAAUUUUACACUUUAUUAGUUUGAAGAAGUUUAGAGUCAGAAAUAUUUAGUUUGAGUUCUUCUGAAGGUAUAUAUUGAUAUAUUGGUAUAUUGAUCACCACCCGGCCAGAGUUCAGUGUGUGAGUCACUGUUCAAUGUAUAAAUAACCAGAGAGGACUGAACACGUUAACAUGUUACCAUGCCAACUGCACACAUUGAACACGUUGAUGCUGCGUUCAGGUUCUGUGGGAGAUUUCCUGUUUCAGCCUCUAGACGGAGUUAAUCAUCAAUAUAUGAUCAAUAUAUCAGCUUGAACAGACUUUGGUUGAUGUGAGACGUUUCUGCUUUAAUUGAGAAUCAGGUUUUCUUCAGUUUCACAGUAAUCAGUGAUAUCAUCAUACAAUGCUAACAGUGGGAGCCGACUGUUAAUGGACACUAUCGCUGUGUACUGACUGACUCUAACUGUUCCCAGAGAAUAAACUGUAUGUCUGUGAUUUACAGCCUGCAGGUGGCGCUGCUGUGACUGCACACUCAUACAAUGAGAAAUAAAGAGUUUUUUUAUUGUCUGA